AUCGGCUACUGGUAUUCUGUAUCUCCCUACAGGUGGGAAAUAUAUCCUUAUCAAAAAAGUCUGCUAAGUCUAUCUGGCGUCGAUAGAGAGACGUGCUAGUUCAUAAGUAAUCAUGGCAACACGUUGGGGAAUCUGCAGUGCAGGGAAAAUCAGCCACGACUUUUCAGUUGCUCUGAGGACCCUACCUCACGACGACCACCAGAUUGUGGCUGUUGCUGCUCGGAAUCUCCAUCAUGCACAAGAGUUUGCCAAAAAGCACAACAUCCCAAGAGUCUAUGGGAGCUAUGAGGAGCUAGCAAAAGACUCAGACAUAGAUGUGGUGUAUGUGGGAACCAUCCACUCUCACCACCUGAGCACAGGUAAGCUCUUCUUGACCUCCCAUAAGAACGUGCUCAUAGAGAAACCCCUGGCCAUGAAUCUAAGAGAGGUACUGGAGCUCACCAACACAGCCAAGGAGAAUGAUGUCUUUCUGAUGGAGGCCAUCUGGACUCGUUUCUUCCCUGUGUCUGUAGAGGUGGGCAGGCUGCUGGGCCAGGGUGAGGUGGGAGAGGUCCAGAUGGUAAGGGCCGACCUGGGAGCCCCCCUCACACACAUCCCUCGCCUGACCCAUAGAGAGCUAGGUGGAGGGGCACUACUGGACCUGGGGAUCUACUGCCUGCAGUUUGUCUUCAUGGUGUUCAAUGGGGAGAGACCGGAGUCCAUCCAAGCCAUGGGAAACUGUAUUGACACAGGAGUGGAUGGAACAGUAGUUUUGGUCUUAAAGUUCUCUGGGAACAGAAUGGCUGUGUGCAUGUGCUCCAUCACGAUGAUGCUGACAAAUGAUGCUGUUAUCACUGGGACCAAGGGGACCAUCAAGGUCCCCAACCACAUGUGGUGUCCUACGAGCCUGGAGGUGAAUGGAGAGGUGACGCAAUACCCUCUCCCUGAGCCCAGCCUUCCCCUCAACUUCAUUCACAGUACUGGGCUGCGCUACGAAGCAGAGGAGGUCAGGCAGUGUCUGCUUAAAGAGCUGAAGGAGAGCUCUGGAAUGCCUUGGUCACACUCACACCUUCUCGCCGAGGUCAUGGAUGAAGCCAGAAGACAAGUGGGAGUGACAUAUAAUCAAGACAGCAUCCAAUGAGAAAUAAUGCAACCCAAGUCCCCCUUUCUCAGUCAUGGAUGCACUCUCUACCGAUGCUAGUCAGCAGGUGACUUCGGUCCAAUGAAUGCUAUAGGUUAUGCUGUUAUGAUGGUAAACUAAUGGGGUGUGCUUGGGGCGGCUCCCUCUGAUCUGCCUGGUAAUAAUGGCCUGUGUCCCAAAUGGCACCAUAUUCCCUUUAUGGUGCACACCAGUGCAUGAGUCCUGAUCAAAGUAGUGAACAGGGUGCCAUUUGGGAUGCAGACAUGGUCUCAGGAGGUUUUAAUAACUUAUGAGGCUAAUCGGCCUAUGAUGUUUAUUUCAUGAGGACCAACCCAUUCAUGGUGAAUUUGUUUUUGGAUAUGUGCCAGUUAUGUUCAGCUUGCCAGCAUCCAUCCUAUUGAGUUUGCUGUUUUACUUGUUUGACCUCAAGCGAUUGGCCAGUCACUUAGUAGGUAAUAGGUUACAACAGAACAGACUACGUGUUACCUUGCUAGUUAGAGAGAACAUUGAUCUCCAGAUGGGAGUUGAGUACAAUACUCCUCAUUCUGCUAAUGUAACAUAGGCUACCACCACUGCAGAGGAGAUGAUCAGCAGGCCUAUUGCUUAUUUCCUUAUUUUUAUAUCAUUUUGGAAAGUGACUAAUUAUGGCCACAACAAGGUCAAGGUCAUCCAAGGUCACACAGAGGUUCUUAGCAGUCUGGGAGGUUGUGUCACAGACCGAGUCUCCGUGCCAUAGAAAUUCAGACAUAAAACCAGACGUUUAUUGAAGUUGUGUAUUGAUUGCAUUGAUGAGGACUCUCAUUAAAUAAUUGUAAAGAUAUCCUCAUUAGUUCACCUGUAAAAGAGAGAUAUGCAUGUUUAGUGCUUCUACACCUGCAUUGCUUGCUGUUUGGGGUUUUAGGCUGGGUUUCUGUACAGCACAGAUAUAUCAGCUGAUGUAAGAAGGGCUAUAUAAAUAAAUUAGAUGUUUGAUUUUUUUUUAGUUUAGUCGGAACGUUGGUAAUUGGUUUUAGAGCGUGAAUGUUAAUAUAAGGAUGUUGUUUUAAAGUGACUACUAAUGUAAUGAAAUGCGAUCACCAUUUAUAUGGAUAAAUAAAUGUUUUACAAUUAA